AUGGGAGUUGUGACUCUUGGUGAAUUGAAGCCUAGUGUUUCUGGGAGAAAAAGUUUUCGUCCAAGUUCAAGCAUAAGACAUGCUACUGAGUGGCCAAUUUCUGAUGUUUCUAGUGAUCUUACUAUUCAAGUAGGAGCAUCAACUUUUUCACUUCAUAAGUUUCCUCUUGUAUCUAGAAGUGGAAGAUUUAGGAAACUACUAUUAGAUGCAAAAGAUUCGAAAGUUUCUCGCGUAAGUUUUCCGGCUGUGCCAGGUGGUGUAGAGGCAUUUGAGCUAGCUGCAAAAUUCUGUUAUGGAAUCAAUGUUGAUUUCAAUCUGUCAAAUAUUGCUAUGAUACAUUGCACAUCUCAUUUUCUUGAAAUGACAGAAGAAUUCUCAGAAAAGAAUUUGGUGACGAGAGCCGAAUCGUAUCUAAAGGAGAUAGUACUUCCAAACACAUCAAGUAUUAUAAAUGUUCUUCACCAUUGCGAGAAUCUUGUUCCUUUAUCCGAAGAAAUCAAUCUCGUUAAUAGGCUCAUCAACGCGAUUGCGAAUAAUGCGUGCAAAGAGCAACUUACUUCUGGUUUGUUGAAACUUGAUCACAAUUUUCCUUCUAAAGCAACAUCGAUAAUGGAACCGGAAACACCUCUAGAUUGGUGGGGGAACUCGAUGAAUGUUCUUAGUCUUGAGUUCUUCGAACGAGUUGUAUCUGUUAUGAAGUCGAAGGGACUAAAACAAGACUUGAUCAGCAAGAUUUUGGUAAACUAUGCACAUAAUUCUCUUCAAGGGACUAGUACUGUUAGUUCCCUCGACGUAGAAUCGCAGAAGAAACAAAAGGUUAUUGUCGAAACUAUAGUUCGCUUACUACCAACUCAAUCAAGGAAAAGUUCAGUUCCAAUCGCGUUUCUAUCGUGUUUAUUGAAAACCGCGAUAGCGACAAUGGUGCCAACUUCUUGUAGAAGUGAUCUCGAGAGGCGUAUCGGUCUACAACUCGAUCAGGCAAUUCUCGAAGACAUUCUUAUUCCAACGAACUCGCCUUUGAGUACUCACAACACAAUGUAUGAUAUAGAUUCAAUUUUGAGGAUCUUUUCUACUUUUCUAAACUUGGAUGAAGUGGAUGAUGAAGAUAGUGAUUUCAGAGAUGAAAAUCAAAUGAUGUAUGAGUACGAUUUCGACAGUCCUGGAUCUCCGAAACAAAGUUCGAUUCUAAAAGUAUCCAAAUUGAUGGAUAAUUUUCUUACUGAGGUAGCACUAGACUCAAACCUUUUGCCAUCGAAAUUCAUAGCACUUGCAGAACUACUUCCCGAUCAUGCUCGUGUCACAAGCGAUGGACUCUAUCGAGCCGUUGAUAUCUUCCUUAAGGUUCAUUCAAACAUUAAGGACUCAGAGCGAUACCGUCUAAGCAAAACAAUCGACUGUCAGAAACUAUCUCAAGAAGCAUGCAGCCAUGCAGCACAAAAUGAAAGGCUACCAGUACAAAUAGGCGUACAAGUUCUUUACUAUGAACAAAUAAGGCUACGAAACGCAAUGAACGGAGGACACAAUCAAAUCAUGUUUGGUGGAAAUCAUGGCCAGUUUCCUCAAAGAUCAGGGAGUGGUAUAGGAAGUGGAGCAAUUUCACCAAGAGAUAACUAUGCAUCGGUAAGACGAGAGAAUCGAGAGUUGAAGCUUGAAGUAACAAGAAUGAGAAUGAGGUUGAAUGAUUUGGAGAAAGAUCAUGUUUCUAUGAAACAAGAGCUUGUGAAAACAGGUCCUGCACAGAAAUUUUUCAAAUCAUUUGCUAAAAAACUGAGCAAAUUUAAUGCUUUGUUUCGUAUAAAUAGUAUUCGCGAGAGUGGAACUGGAAGGUCCAGUUCGCAAACUCGGUCGCGGUUUCCAUUUCACAGGCGAAAAUGUCACUCAGUUUCAUGA